AAUAGCUCUGGAAGAACGGGCGGCGGUAAGAGCGGCCACGCUGCCGUCGUCGUCGCCUUCCUCCUCGAUUCCUCGUCGUGCUUGCUCGCGAUCCAUUCUACAGGGAGGCGAAACCCUCUGCGCGCCAUGGGCGACCACUACGGUACGCUCGGGGUGCGGCCCGACGCUACCAAGGCCGAGGUCAAGGCCGCCUUCCGCCGCCGCGCCCUGCGCGACCACCCCGACCGCCACGCUCAAUCCGGCGACGCCGGUGCCCGAGCCGAAGCCGCGCGGCGCUUCCGCCAGGCCUCUGACGCCUACCACGUCCUCUCCGACGACCGAAGGAGGGCCGAGUACGACCUCCGUCUCCGCUCUUCCUCCUAUGUCCGCACAUCCUCCUCCACCUGGGCCUCCUCCUCGGGUUCGCACGGCUACGGCUACGGGCACAGAGAAAGUUCUUGGCGGCGGCCGCCUCCGGGAGGCGGAGGCGCAUCGGUGGGAUACGAUUGGGGCUUGUUGCUGAAGGCGAUGACGCGGCGAAGGUUCCUUCUCAAUCUCGGCUUCUCCAGUGUAUUGCUUUCUGGUGCAGCUUUUCUUGAUGGAAGUAUUCUGGAACUCUGGAACAUGAAUAACUCUGGGAAAUCAUUUGAAGAAGCAAUGGAGUCGAUUGAGAAGGUAAAAGGGGGAAAGGGGAAUAGGUAGAGAAGUAGGUAAGUUCCAUCAAAUUGUGGUACACUGGUACAUAGACAAACGAGUGUGCAUGUUGUUGUUCAGAUACUUCUGUACAGUCGGAAUAAUAUUUGUGACAAAGUGACAACUGAUUACCUGAUCAGCGUAGCUGUGGAUGAUUGUGAUGUGCAUCUAUGCCUAAGGUUCUUCCAGUGCAAAGAUUCAAACAAGUUGUCUUUUAA